AUGGUGCAAUCUUGGUGGCAACGGCCUGAAACUAAACGUUACGCAGCCGAUGUUGCGGUUUUUGCACUAUCACAGGUUGCCUUUUAUUUUGCCUUCAAGUGGAUAGUGGGCUCGCUUGAUCCUACAAAAGCCAAGAAACAAGAAGCCAAGAAUAAGAGUUCAAAAGUGCUUGGAAAGCUUGGUGUCAAGGAUCUCAAGCUGACCGAAUAUGAGCAAAUCAUCGCCGCUGAAGUGGUUCAUCCAGAUGAAAUUCAUGUGACAUUCAAACAAAUCGGUGGAUUGGAUCACAUUGUACAAGAUUUGCGAGAAAGUGUCAUUUAUCCUUUGUGCUAUCCUGAAUUAUUCACUUCAGCAUCAGGCUUGCUUGGUGCUCCAAAGGGUGUUUUAUUAUAUGGUCCUCCAGGCUGUGGUAAAACCAUGUUAGCCAAGGCUCUUGCAAAGGAAAGCAAUGCGACAUUUAUCAACCUCCACGUUUCCACGUUGACCGAUAAAUACUAUGGUGAAUCCAAUAAGCUGGUCGCCGCUUUAUUUUCUCUUGCUCGCAAGUUACAACCAGCCAUUGUCUUUAUUGACGAAAUCGACUCCUUCUUACGAGAACGACGAAGCACCGAUCAUGAAACCACAGGCAUGAUGAAGGCUGAAUUCAUGAGUUUGUGGGAUGGCUUGACAACGGGUGAUGAUAUGCGCAUUGUUGUUCUCGGUGCAACCAAUAGACCCAACGACAUCGACUCUGCUAUCCUUCGAAGAAUGCCAAAGCGUUUUGCAGUUAGACUCCCAUCCGAAGAUCAACGACGAAGCAUUCUCGAGUUGCUACUUCAAGAUAUCAAGCUGGCUCCUGAUUUUGAUAUGAAUGAGCUCUUAAAGCGUACCGCCGAUUGCUCUGGAAGUGACCUCAAAGAACUUUGUCGCAAUGCAGCCAUGAUUCCCAUUCGUGAGUAUGUUCGUUCGGUCCAAAAGGAUACAGAUGCAACGGAUGGCAACCAGCUUUUGGAUAUUGAUAUCACCAACAUCAACACAAGACCGCUGACAUUGGCUGAUUUUUACUCUUAUGACGAGACCAACUCAAAGACCUACAGCUACACCCGAAGAGAUACAGAUACCACGGUUCAGCAAGAGAACCUGGAUUAA